AUGGUGGAAGCGGACUCCUAUGUGGAGACUUUGAACUCCAUGAUUGAAUUAUUUAAGGAUUACAAACCCGGUUCCAUAACUUUGGAAAACAUAACAAGACUUUGCCAGACCUUAGGUCUAGAGUCUUUCACUGAGGAACUGAGUAGUGAACUUUCAAGAUUAUCGACCGCAUCAAAAAUCAUCGUGAUCGAUGUUGAUUAUAACAAAAAGCAAGACAGAAUUCAGGAUGUCAAACUGGUCCUGGCAUCUAAUUUUGAUAAUUUCGACUAUUUCAACCAGCAAGAGGGCGAACAGGAAAAAAGUAAUAUACUUUUGAACUCUUUAACCAAGUACCCCGAUUUAAAAUCUUUCCAUAACAAUUUGAAAGUUUUGUACCUUUUAGAUGCAUACUCUCAUAUCGAAUCAGAUUCAAGCUCUCAUAACAAUACUUCUGACAAAAGCUUAGACUCAAGUAACACUUCUCUCAAUAACCAGGGUAAAUUGGAUCUGUUCAAGUAUUUUACAGAACUAUCACACUAUAUUAGGCAAUCUUUUCACGACAACUCUCUGGAUUUUAAGGUCAAGACGAAUUUAAAUAAUCAAUUCGGAAUUUAUAUUUUAACUCAGGAGGAGAACGGUCAGGAGAUAUCUUUAGCUAAAAUAUAUCUAGACGAAAACAAGAUUGAUUCACAGAACAGAUUUUACGAGUACAUAUACUCACAAGAAACUAAAUCCUGGAUAAAUGAGUCCGCUGAGAAUUUUUCUAACGGCAUUUCUCUGGUCAUGGAAAUAACAGCAAAUGCAAAGGAAAAUGAUUGUACAGAGUUAAUUUGGUUUCCCGAAGAUUUCAUAUCACCAGAACUGAUUAUAGAUACAACUACAAGUGCAUCAGAUCUGCCUGCUUCGCCACCUAUAAUUGAUUUAUUUUCGAAUAAUAACUACAAUAGCAAGAUACAAUUGAUGAAUGAUUUUACGACGAAGUUAAUCAAUAUUAAUAAAUUCGAUAUAAGCAAUGAUAACCUAGAUCUAAUAUCUGAAAUACUAAAAUGGAUUGAAUGGUCAAGGAUAGUUCUUCAAAAAGUUUUCAAACUGGUUUCUACACCAAAUUCGAACACGAACUCACCGGGGUUUGAAUCAGACCAUACAGCUCCAUUCUGUAAUUCAAUGAAUGAUAAAAAUUUCUUGACGAGUAUCACUGAACCGAUUCUAAGGGCCAAUAGGCAUGGAAGUGUGGUGGAAGCAUCCAGAAGAAGGCGUUCUUCCGCGAACAAAAGCAAACGUCCUAGCGUAACCGAAUCGAUGAUGCUUAAAGAAGAAGGUCUCCAACAGUUUAAUUUACAUGAGAUUUUAUCCGAGCCUGCGAUAGAGGAAGAAAAUGAUGAGGAUAAAACCAAAGAACAGCCUGUAACAAUGGAUUGUACCAAUGACCUCAGAUUUCCUGGGUCUGUUUCCAAUCAACAUAGCGAAGAAACCGAUAUUGUGAUGGAAAACCAAAGUGUGCCACAAGGUGUUGGAAAUGAUACACCAUCAGAAGAAGCGGACGUAAAAAUGAAAGACGUCAGUGGCAGGACCAAUGAAAAUGACUUAAGCGUGUUACAGUUAAUUGUGAGUGAGGAUCACAUUAUUCUCGACGCUGUUGCUGAGUGUAACUUGUAUGACGACAUAAAGUGUUGGAAGAGAUUUAUUGAACAGUUCGAGGAUAUUGUCAGCUGA